GGACUCUCAGAAACCUUGGUGUUAAGUGAAAUCGGGCACUGUACAGUGUGAUCAUCGCAGACCUAAACUUCCCGAAGUCGCGCCCGCCAGGCGGAGGGGUGGAGAUAGCAGGGGGUGGGAGGCGCGUGCGUGUGUUGCGGUGCUUUUAUUAUUAUUUUUAUUGCUAUUAUAUUUUUCUUUAUUUUUUUUCUUGUGUGUGUGGAAACUGCCCUCUGGCUCAACGCUUUGAAUCUGUACCUCCGUUUUUUUGGAUUAUUCCCUGGGGGCGAAGGUGGGGUAGUGUCUUCCAAGGCUUGUUGGAGGAAGGAGAGACAGGAGGAGGAAGAUGUGUGGCUUCGGCUUUAAGAAGCUGUCCCUGUCUUUGGGAUUAGUGCUGGUAGUUCUGAGCGAGGUGGCGCCGCAGUCGUGCCCGGCGCAGUGUUCCUGCUCCGGGAGCACCGUAGACUGUCAUGGGCUGGCGCUGCGCAGCGUGCCGAGGAAUAUCCCUCGCAACACGGAGAGGCUGGAUUUGAAUGGAAAUAACAUAACAAGAAUCACAAAGACGGAUUUUGCUGGCCUUAGACACCUCCGAGUUCUUCAGCUUAUGGAGAAUAAGAUUAGUACUAUUGAAAGAGGAGCAUUUCAGGAUCUUAAAGAACUGGAGAGACUGCGUUUAAACAAAAAUAACCUUCAGCUGUUUCCUGAAUUGCUGUUUCUUGGGACUUCGAAGUUAUACAGGCUUGAUCUCAGUGAAAAUCAGAUUCAGGCAAUUCCAAGGAAGGCUUUUCGUGGUGCAGUUGAUAUUAAGAACCUGCAACUGGAUUACAACCAGAUCAGCUGUAUUGAAGAUGGGGCAUUUAGGGCUCUCCGGGACCUGGAAGUGCUCACGCUCAACAAUAACAACAUUACUAGACUAUCAGUGGCAAGUUUCAACCAUAUGCCAAAACUUAGAACUUUUCGACUUCACUCCAACAAUCUUUACUGUGACUGCCAUCUGGCUUGGCUGUCUGAUUGGCUUCGUCAAAGACCUCGGGUUGGCCUCUACACUCAGUGUAUGGGACCAUCCCACCUGAAGGGUCAUAAUGUAGCUGAAGUGCAGAAACGUGAAUUUGUCUGCAGUGGUAAGGGAGAAAAAUGGUUUUGCUACUUGCAUUCAUUCAUGACUCCAUCUUGCAGUGUGUUACACUGUCCAGCUGCAUGUACCUGUAGCAACAAUAUUGUAGAUUGUCGUGGAAAAGGGCUUCCUGAGAUACCCACUAAUCUACCAGAAACUAUCACUGAAAUACGUUUAGAACAAAAUUCAAUCAAGGUCAUCCCUCCUGGAGCUUUUUCAUCAUAUAAAAAGCUUCGAAGAAUUGACCUGAGCAAUAAUCAAAUCUCAGAAAUUGCACCAGAUGCUUUCCAUGGCCUGCGGUCACUGAACUCACUUGUCCUCUAUGGAAAUAAAAUUACAGAACUUCCAAAAAGCCUGUUCGAAGGAUUAUUUUCUUUACAGCUUCUACUAUUGAAUGCUAACAAGAUAAACUGCCUCCGAGUAGAUGCUUUUCAAGAUCUCCACAACUUGAACCUCCUCUCCUUGUAUGACAACAAACUACAGACCAUUGCCAAGGGCACCUUUUCACCCCUGCGUGCUAUUCAGACUUUGCAUUUGGCUCAGAACCCAUUUAUUUGUGACUGCCAUCUGAAGUGGCUAGCGGAUUAUCUUCAUACAAACCCUAUUGAGACCAGUGGUGCCCGAUGCACCAGCCCGCGUCGGCUGGCAAACAAAAGGAUCGGCCAGAUCAAAAGCAAGAAAUUCCGGUGUUCAGCUAAAGAACAGUAUUUCAUUCCAGGCACAGAAGAUUAUCGAUCAAAAUUAAGCGGAGACUGCUUUGCAGAUCUGGCUUGCCCUGAAAAGUGUCGCUGUGAAGGAACUACAGUAGAUUGCUCCAAUCAAAAACUCAACAAGAUUCCAGAUCACAUUCCUCAAUACACUGCAGAACUCCGUCUCAAUAACAAUGAAUUCACAGUGUUGGAAGCUACAGGAAUUUUUAAGAAGCUCCCUCAGCUACGUAAAAUAAACUUCAGCAACAAUAAGAUCACAGACAUCGAAGAAGGAGCAUUUGAAGGAGCCUCUGGUGUAAAUGAAAUUCUUCUCACUAGUAACCGACUGGAAAAUGUUCGCCAUAAGAUGUUCAAGGGAUUAGAAAGCCUGAAAACUCUGAUGUUGAGAAGUAAUCGCAUAACCUGUGUAGGAAAUGAUAGUUUUAUAGGACUCAGUUCUGUACGUUUGCUUUCUUUGUAUGACAAUCAAAUUACAACAAUUGCUCCAGGAGCGUUUGAUACCCUCCAUUCCUUAUCCACAUUAAACCUCUUGGCCAAUCCUUUUAACUGUAACUGCUACUUGGCUUGGUUGGGAGAUUGGCUUAGGAAGAAACGCAUUGUAACAGGAAAUCCUCGAUGCCAGAAACCUUACUUCCUAAAAGAGAUUCCCAUCCAGGAUGUUGCUAUUCAGGACUUUACUUGCGAUGAUGGGAAUGAUGACAACAGUUGUUCUCCACUAUCUCGCUGCCCAGCAGAAUGUACUUGCCUUGAUACAGUUGUCCGAUGUAGUAACAAGGGCCUGAAAGCCUUGCCAAAAGGGAUCCCCAAAGAUGUCACUGAACUGUAUUUGGAUGGGAACCAGUUUACCCUAGUUCCCAAGGAACUUUCUAACUACAAACAUUUAACACUUAUAGAUCUAAGUAACAACCGAAUCAGCACACUUUCUAAUCAGAGUUUCAGCAACAUGACACAGCUACUGACCUUAAUUCUUAGUUACAACCGCCUCCGAUGUAUACCUGCUCGAACCUUUGAUGGGUUGAAGUCUCUUCGUUUACUGUCUUUACAUGGAAAUGACAUUUCUGUUGUACCUGAAGGAGCUUUCAAUGAUUUGUCCUCCUUAUCACAUCUAGCCAUUGGUGCCAACCCCCUCUACUGUGACUGUAACAUGCAGUGGUUAUCAGACUGGGUCAAAUCAGAAUAUAAAGAACCUGGAAUUGCUCGAUGUGCCGGUCCUGGGGAAAUGGCAGACAAACUACUGCUCACAACACCAUCCAAAAAAUUUACUUGCCAAGGUCCUGUGGAUGUUAACAUACUUGCUAAAUGUAGUCCAUGUUUAUCGAAUCCUUGCAAAAAUGAUGGCACCUGUAACAGUGAUCCUGUUGACUUCUAUCGAUGCACUUGCCCAUAUGGUUUCAAGGGCCAGGAUUGUGAUGUUCCGAUCCACUCCUGCAUCAGUAACCCAUGCAAACAUGGUGGAACUUGUCACUUAAAAGAAGGAGAAAAGGAUGGAUUCUGGUGUACUUGUGCCGAUGGAUUUGAAGGAGAAAAUUGUGAAGUGAAUGUUGAUGAUUGUGAAGACAAUGACUGUGAAAAUAACUCCACCUGUGUUGACGGAAUUAACAACUACACAUGCCUUUGCCCACCUGAAUACACAGGUGAGUUGUGUGAGGAGAAACUUGAUUUUUGUGCCCAGGACCUUAACCCCUGCCAGCAUGACUCAAAGUGCAUCCUGACACCAAAAGGAUACAAAUGCGAUUGUACCCCUGGAUAUGUAGGUGAGCAUUGUGAUAUUGACUAUGAUGACUGCCAGGACAACAAGUGUAAGAAUGGAGCCCAUUGUACAGAUGCAGUGAAUGGCUAUACUUGCAUUUGCCCAGAAGGUUACAGUGGCUUAUUUUGUGAAUUUUCUCCACCAAUGGUUCUACCUCGGACCAGUCCUUGCGAUAAUUUUGAGUGUCAGAAUGGAGCCCAGUGCAUCAUAAAGAUAAAUGAGCCAAUAUGUCAGUGUUUGUCUGGCUACCAGGGUGAAAAGUGUGAAAAGUUGGUCAGUGUCAAUUUUGUCAACAAAGAAUCUUAUCUUCAAAUACCUUCAGCCAAGGUUCAACCUCAGACAAACAUCACUCUACAGAUUGCCACAGAUGAGGACAGUGGAAUUCUUCUGUAUAAAGGUGACAAAGACCAUAUAGCAGUGGAGCUGUAUCGUGGGCGUGUGCGGGCCAGCUACGACACAGGAUCUUAUCCGGCAUCCGCCAUUUACAGUGUGGAGACAAUUAAUGAUGGCAACUUUCACAUAGUGGAACUGAUUGCAAUGGGUCAGAGUCUGUCACUUUCCAUUGAUGGUGGAAGCCCCAAAACCAUUACCAACUUAUCAAAGCAAUCCACACUGAAUUUUGAUUCCCCACUUUAUGUCGGAGGAAUGCCUGGAAAGAACAACAUCGCAGCUCUUCGCCAAGCUCCAGGACAGAAUGGCACCAGUUUCCACGGGUGCAUUCGCCAUCUGUACAUCAACAGUGAACUUCAAGACUUCAGAAAAGUGCCCAUGCAGACAGGCAUUCUGCCUGGCUGUGAGCCAUGCCAUAAAAAGGUGUGUGCCCAUGGAACAUGCCAGGCAUCAAGCCAGUCAGGUUUCACCUGUGAUUGUGAGGAAGGAUGGAUGGGACCACUGUGUGACCAGCGGACCAAUGAUCCUUGUCUUGGAAAUAAAUGCAUGCACGGAACCUGCUUGCCAAUCAAUGCAUUUUCCUAUAGUUGUAAGUGUCUAGAAGGCCAUGGAGGUGUCUUAUGUGAUGAGGAGGAAGAACUGUUUAACCCCUGCCAGUCCAUUAGAUGUAAACAUGGAAAAUGCCGACUUUCUGGGCUCAGACAGGCCUAUUGUGAAUGCAAUAGUGGAUACACUGGGGAAAGCUGUGACCGAGAAGUCUCUUGUCGAGGGGAACGCAUCAGAGAUUACUAUCAAAAGCAGCAAGGCUACGCUGCCUGCCAGACAACCAAAAAGGUAUCCCGACUAGAAUGUAAAGGCAGCUGCGCGAGUGGCCAGUGCUGCGGACCUCUGAGGAGCAAGAGACGGAAAUACUCUUUCGAAUGCACUGAUGGGUCGUCCUUUGUGGACGAGGUUGAAAAAGUGGUGAAAUGUGGCUGUACGAGGUGCCCUUCGUAAACAUGUCCCCGGCACCUUUGUCUUUGAAAAUGUUGUAUACUUAUUGACCGUGUCGGACUAAUUAAUGCUUCAU